UGAUAUGCUAGGUACUUUCAGUUCUCCUAAAUUUCUUCAGUUUUGUCUGUAAUAUGUUUGUACGAUGAGCAACAUUAUCCUUGUUUAUUCGCUAAUUGUAUAAUAUAUUUGUAAUAAAUAGGUAGGUACACCCAGCUGUAAAAUUUGCACGGAUUCUUUAUCAAUGAAUUCAUUCAUAACAUAAAGUGUCCAUGAAAUUUUGCAAGUCGCUGAACCUCGAGCUCGAAUAUUAAGUAGGUAUUAGAACAACAAUUUACCGUUAAGUAGAACUAUAUAAGGACAAAUAAGAUACUAUUUGUAGGCAUGUAUGAUUUGAUUAGUAUGAAAUGAAUCAGGAGCUGCCAUAAAUCAAAAGUAUGUUAUUUAUUAUACACCCUAAUCUAUAGUUUUUUCUAGCAGUGUAAAGUCCGUAUCGUAACCGUAAAGGGCGAAGUAUUGUUAGAAGUCUUCGAAGUACUUAAUAUUACUUAUACAUUUUACAAAACUAUUUUUAGAAGCCUAAACAAGAAUUCCAAACCAAUUGGGCCGUGUGGGGCGAAAUAGCUCGUGUCUACACUCAAGACACUACUGUCAUAUCGCAGAGAUCAAAGAGUCUAGUCAUUAGGCUAGCCGGCGGCCUAGUCGUAUAUAGUCGAGUGAACCCUUUUGUUUUGUAACAGCAAGUUUUUUAAACUACACUGCCUAUCUAUAAGCUUGCAGUACUACGCUAUAAGAUUUAUUUCAAUUCGUAGUGAGUAAAUGUCCUAGUGCUCGACGCUGCUAAUUAAUAGCACCGUCAAUCUUUAACUUUAUACCUAGGAAUACAGAUGACAAGCAGGCAGACAUGACAUGUUAGCCUUAUAGGUAUAAUACAAUAAAAUGAUAAUGUAUUUUCAUGACUCCCUACUAAUACUAUAAAUGUAAAUGUAUGUUUGAAUAUUCGGAUGUUUCGAGUUUUGACAGCCUUCAACAUAAACAAAGUCGCGGGCAGCACCUUUGAUAUUUCUAACAAAGACUGUCUGUGAACAUGACCGCAUUUAUUAGUUGUUUAUCUAUAUAAGUCUACAUCGCUUGCGAUACAUAUUAUAAUCCAACGAUAAGAAAUAAACAUUGAGUUUCAGCAUAGACGAUUUUAAACUAUAUUGCGAAGAUAAACGUUUGGAUUUGUGUAUAUUAUUUGCUAUCAAGUGACCAAGUUUCUGCUAAAAUGAUUAUAGUUUAGCGUACGAGUACCUUACUCGUAUCUGUCACGUACGUGAUUGUAAAUCAUUAAUUUUAUAAAAAAAAAACAUAAAUUUUCCGUAUAUUGGUGUAUCGGAGUAAUACAGUGAACAAUAGAUAUAGUUGUUGUUGAAGAACAAUAGAUAUUUUAGAAAAAGGCUAAAACAAUACCCAAUAUAUUCGACUAUACCAAUUAUUAAUGUCUCGGUUCUACAGUCGCGGUGAAAUAGAGGGUAACGGCCAAAGUGGACAAAUAUAUCGAGACACACCCUUAUUUAUAUGGCAGCAAAGAUGUGAUACGAUAGGUAUACUUGGUUUGGCCGUCACUAUCUAUCAGAUGGCGACUGUACUCCGGUAAAAUCUGUUCAAGUGCUUGAAUAUAAUUAUAAGAAAACCUGGAUUUAGUAUACAUAUAUCGGAACCGCUCUUGUAAGACACUAGUCAUUGAACUAAAAUACCUCCAUGCCGAGCUUAUUAAAAGAAUAUUACCUCCACCUCCCACCGGACGGGACAGGUGUCAGUGACCUAAUAUUUUUGUUUACGUCAUUUUGACCCACUAACAAAAGACAGGUCACAUCAACAAUAAUGCGCAUGAAAAACUUAGAAAACACUCCAAAAAUUCCUUUCUGAAGUUUAUUUUUCAAUGAACUGUAUAUUAAUUAGAUUAUAAACUGUGUUUUUGGAAAACCCACGAGGAAUUUUACUAAGUUUACGGGCUUUUUGGGAGAAAGGUAUAUUCGCGCAUGCGCGACUGGCCUCGACGCGCGUGCGUGUUGCAAACGUCAGGUCUAUUUCAGUAGUGCAAUCCCUCGCGCGAGAACACCCGCUGGAACGCACACUCCCAACAAUAAAUCAUACAAAUCUGAAGAAAACAAAUUAUAUCAUAUUUAACUAUUAUGUUUCGGAGUAAUAUGUGUUCCUACUCAUGUCGAUCGCUAGGUUAACUCUCACUCCGCAGUGCCAUUAAAUUUUAAACAGAUAAACAAGUGAACACCGAAAUGCGGCAAUGCGACAUAGUCAUGGGGGAAUCGAUGCAGCCAGUAUUCUUUGAGGCCAAAUUGUCAAACAUUUAGUGUCAAAUAAUUAAAUAAGAUGGAACCGCUCAUAGAUAGAAACAACUUCGCUAUCAGUGCGAUGAUGACAGUUGCCAUGCAAAUUCUGUUCUUCACGAUAGCGUCGCUAUUCCAGAGCGAUAAAGUGACGGACUUCACUGGCGGCGCUAACUUCAUCAUAAUUGCCUUGCUCACAUUCUUCCUCGGACAAGGUGGAAAUCACCUCAAAAACUACGAUAGUAGACAGCUGAUGGUGACAACAUUUGUGUGCCUCUGGGGAGUGCGUUUAUCUGGGUACCUCAUAUACAGGAUCUACCACAUCGGCCGUGACAAGCAAUUUGAAGAUCGUAAGAGCAACACAUUAAGAUUUGCAGUCUUCUACAGCUUCCAAGCCUUCUGGGUUUUCAUUGUGAGUCUACCCGUCAUCAUUAUUAACUCGCCUCAUCACUCCUUCCCUAAGUCACCUAAAACUAUGACCACGCUAGACUCCGCCGGCGCGGGAGUGUUUAUAAUUGGUUUGUUAAUAGAAACAUACGCAGACCUACAAAAAUUUGCUUUUAGGCAAGACCCAGUGAACCAAGGCAAGUGGUGCAAUGACGGUUUGUGGGGUCUUUCCAGACAUCCCAAUUACUUUGGCGAGGUAGUACUCUGGUGGGGUAUAUUCAUUAUAUCGCUAAAUGUUAUCGAAGGUAUCGAAUGGAUAGCUAUAUUAUCGCCAUUAUUCACUACGGCUAUCAUAUUAUUCUUAUCUGGUAUACCGUUGCUAGAACGAUCGGCGGACGAAAAAUACCGUGAUAAUCCAGAUUACUUAUAUUAUAAAGCGUCCACGUCACCUCUGAUACCGAUACCUCCAGCCAUAUAUGUGGAAGUGCCAAAGUUUCUGAAGUGUAUAAUGUGCUGCGAAUUUCCUAUUUACGAUUCGACGAGCGAUGACUUCCCAGUGCCUACGAUUGUGACCGAGACGACAAGCGUUUCAAUGGUUCAGUCUCAAACAUAGCUAACACACGCCGCGCGCGAGGAGGCCGCGGCAAAGCACGACCAUCGCUCACAGCAUAACCACAAGCAAUUGUGAUACACGGCUGAUGAUAGAACCGAACAGAAAAAACACCCCGACUCGCUCCCGCUAAAACAGAACAACACCACCGAUAUGAACCUCUAUAAUAGUUACAUGGAAAA